GUCAUGGCGGAAUCUGCAGCGUGUCCUGCCUUCCAGCUCGGCAGACCCCGAUACGACCAGACUUCAUUCCUUGGUCGACUGAGACACUUCGUAGAUGUCAUUGACCCCAGCACCCUGUUUGUGUCCGAGAUACGAUUAAAAGAAUGCAUCAAACUCCUUGAUGACUAUAAACAUGGCACACUUCCACCUGGAGUGUCUGAUGUUCAGUUGUGGGAAGCCCAGAAGAUCAAACAGGCCAUCAUUCAUCCUGACACAGGAGAGAAGAUCUUCAUGCCAUUUCGAAUGUCAGGUUAUGUACCAUUUGGAACACCGAUUGUCAUUGGCCUCCUUCUCCCAAAUCAGACUGUGGUGUCUACCAUUAUUUGGCAGUGGCUGAAUCAGAGUCACAAUGCCUGCGUGAACUAUGCGAACCGUAACGCUACAAAGCCUACGCCAACAUCUAAGUUUCUUCAAGGCUAUGUGGGAGCUGUGACGAGUGCCGUCUCCAUUGCAGUGGGACUGAAUGUGCUGAUUCAGAAGGCCAACAAACUGAGCCCUGCCACCAGAAUGAUAAUCCAGAGAUUGGUUCCCUUCCCGGCUGUAGCAAGUGCAAACAUCUGCAACGUGGGCCUCAUGAGACACAAUGAGCUGUCUGAGGGUAUCGAUGUGCUGGACAACAACGGCAAUGUGGUGGGGUCGUCCAAAAUCGCUGCAAGACAUGCUAUCAUGGAGACCGCCUUCACACGUGUGGUCCUCCCGAUGCCGAUCUUCGUGCUGCCCCCCAUCAUCAUGUCCUACCUCGAGAGGCUGCGAUUCCUGCAGAGCAACCGCAGAUUGUUGCUGCCCAUCCACAGCUUUGUGUGCCUGGUCACCUUCGGCCUCUCGCUGCCUGUGGCCAUCAGCCUGUUCCCCCAGAUGUCUCAGAUUGAAGUAUCUCGCCUUGAGCCGGAGAUCGCCAUGGCAACAGAUUGCAAGGUGGUGACCUACAACAAGGGUUUAUGAUGGAUGGCGCGGUGUGGGAGAGGAGAGAACGGAGAGCGAGGACGGCAGCGAGGCUGCGGCGUGAGAAGCUGUCGAGGGGAGAACCUGCAGCAGGGUUCCUCCUGUCGACAGGCUGGGGAACUAUCUGCUGCAUCGUUAUCGCUGUAGAUCAUCGUGUACUAACCCAGUGUUUCUAAACCUGUUUUCUACUGUGCUCGGGUAAUUAUCGAGUCACGGAUUGUUGGGAGUUUUUUCCUGAUUUUUCGAAACUCUGUGUAUAGAAAUGGUGUUUUAUUUGCUGUAAGAUCCAUUUUUAGCAUUAAUGAAUUGUUUAAUAUGUACAUUAGAGUGUUUCCCAAACAUGUUGUACUUUGGAGGCCUACUGAAGCGUAGCUCUGGCUACUCAAGUAUAUUUUAAGGCUAUAAUUGCAAUUUAAUAUGCAAUACAUUGUAUUUUUGUCCACUGGGGGGGUUAUGCUAAACAGAACACUGACAUAAUAUCAACUCUUGAUGUGGCAAAUGUCUUGACAGAUUCCUAUUUACACAUCUAGCAGAGCUAUUAUUUAUUUGGGGCUGUAUUUUUGGCCACCUGAUGACUUUUAAGUCCAACAUUCAGAGUCACUUUUUGGUCUCCACCCCCCUCAUGGGAGGAAAAUAUCUGGAUUUUCAGCUGCUAAGUGCUCCACUGUGGUCAGCAGCUGUGCAGUGAGUUUGUCAGAGCUGCUUUGCUGAAAAACAGCUGCGAGUGAAUCUAAACAGUGAAGCUCGGAGGCUGGGAAAGAAAAAAGAAAAAAGAGAGGUGAUGGAGGUUAUGAAGCUCUGUAGAAGUGAGGGGAGCUGCAGAGUCAGAUAAUAAUUCUCUCUGGGUUUAUCACAAAGAGUAACUCUUCACAGCAAUGCAGCAAUCCUGCGGUCCAUUUUCACACAAGCAUAUGUAUAUGAUCUGUUCUCAUGCAUGUGGCUUUGCAUCACCAGCGCUGCCACAAAGUACAAUCCUGCUUCCUCUUUUGUCAAGUCAGAGCGAGCAGACAGUCGACUGACAGGUUUUGGUGCUAAACAGGAGCUUGUUAGCGAAUUAGCUGCUAUUUAAUUCAUCUUAUGUCAGCAGAUCAGCUCCUAAAUCAGUGGUGUCCAGUUAUUUCUACUGUGUGACACAUAAAAAUGAAGCGUUGUCUGCUUACAGUUUCUCGACAAAUAGAUUAUUUUUUGUUCCUCGAUCUGAAGAGGUGAAAUUUUCAAGUCUGAGUCAGGAAAAAAAAAAAAAGCAGUAGUUGACUUUUUUUUCUGGUUGUAAUCAGGUGAUCAUUAAUUUGAAUCAGGGGGCUUCUUUUAAGCCUGACCAAUACUUGAUUUUUAAUUUAAAAAAAAAUAUAUUGCUAAUGAUAUACCAGCACUUUAAUACCUUAAAACGGAAAACCACAGAUGACGUGUACUGAGUGGGACAAUUUACAGCUGAAAACCCGACAUAUCAGUGUUCUCUGGUGGACAAACGAAAGCAAAUAUGAUGGAGACCUUUCUGAACAGCAGUUUCUAGUCACUUAUUGACUGCCAUAUACGCUGAUAAUCACAGAGGCUCCAGACUUUGAAAGUGGUUCAUAAAAGUUUUCAACCUUUGGGAAACAUUUCGCAAUAAAUGUACAUUCUCAGAUAUCUCCUGGGAACAGCAGGCAGCACUGCUGAUAAAAACUAAUGUGAAACCUGCUGAUGGUGACUGUGGUGCAAAAUCACCACGUGAAGCCGCUCUGUCUGUGGGAACACAAUGCAUGCUGUACUGUACAUGUUUAUAGUUUAUAAACUUUUUAAAAAGACAGCUGAUUACAUGCCAGAUAUUUUAACCCAAAUAAUGUGAUAUAACAUGUGAAACUCUUGACUUAACUUUCCUUCCUAACUUGUAUGAAGGAUGUUUUGUUCCUCUACUGACUGUUGUUAAACCACUGAUGUAUUCUUAAGAAAUUCUUAUUAAAUUUGUUCUUUUGUACAAUAUUAUAUAACAUUUAUUUAGCCUAUAUAUAUAAAUAUACAUAUAUAUAUAUUGUUCGACUGAUUCUGUUUUUAAUUCUUUGUAUAAUACUUCUACUGCUACUACUUAAUGUUUGCUAGACAAACAGUGUAAAACAUCUCUAUAUAUUAUAAUAAAUACACUCUCCCUGUA